UGAAGUUCUCUAGAGUAUUCUUGAGGCUAAGAAGGGUAUUUUUCUCUUUGUACUUCAACCCUUCAUUCCAUGUACCUAUUCACCAACAUGUAGCAUAAACACAAGUUGUCAUACAAGUUGUAUAUUAAUUAAUAUUACUACAUAUUUUUUAUAUAUAAUAUUCACACACUAAUGUUAUUGUGAUUGUGUCUCUUUUGAGUUUAGCUUCAUUCCUUUUUCAUGGUUGUACGGAAUUUAUGUUUUCAUUGAGUUUAGUUGAUUGAAUUUGCCGACAAUACAAAAAACAUUAAUAGUUUCAUGUUUGAUUGGUUUUUUUUGGAGAGUUCUAGUUUGAUCUAGUUGGUUGUGAAAAUUUGGAGUGUUGUUAUUGUUGAGAAAAUAAUAAUAAUAAUAAUGGCUAAUGAAGGAAACAAAAGCAAUGAUUUCUAUGCAGUUUUGGGAUUGAACAAAGAAUGCACUGAUUCAGAUUUAAGGAAUGCUUAUAAGAAAUUAGCACUGAAAUGGCACCCAGAUCGUUGUUCAGCUUCAGGGAAUAUGAAGUUUGUGGAAGAAGCUAAGAAGAAAUUUCAGGCAAUUCAAGAAGCCUAUUCUGUUCUAUCUGACGCGAAUAAGAGGUUAAUGUACGACGUUGGAGUUUACGACAGUGAUGAUGACGAAAAUGGUAUGGGAGACUUUUUGAAUGAAAUGGUUACAAUGAUGAGCCAAACUAAAUCAAAUGAAAAUGGAGAGGAAAGCUUUGAGGAGUUGCAACAGUUGUUCGAAGAUAUGUUUCAAGCGGACAUUGGAUUAAAUGGAAGCACUUCUCUUAAUGGCUCUGGUUGCUCGACUUCAUCGACUUUCAUGACUUGUAGUGAAAGUUCUAAUUCUAAUAAACGCAAUUCCACUCAGAUGAAUUAUGGAAAAGCAGAGGAUUCUUCUAGCUUUGAUGUCAAUUACCAGAACUUUUGUUUUGGGACAGGCAAAGCACCUUCAAGAAGAUGUGGAGAAGGAAAAAGGGGGAAUUCAAGAAGGAAGAGGUAGUAGUAGUAGACAAAGAAAAGGCAGAAAGCAAAAGACCUCACAUGGCCAUCAUGUUUCAUCUAAUGAUCAUCAUGGAAUUUCUGCUAAUUGAUAAAUUUGAUGGCAUGCUGAUUAAUGUGGUCAACCUUAGCAUUUUGGUAAUGGGAACUCUGUCAUCUUGAGUUUUACAACUAAAAAUAUUAGAGGAAGAGCAUAGUUUGUGUUACUAAGAAGUAGUAUUAGGGUAGGGAGGUUUGAAAUGUCUUACAAAAUUGAUGGUAGUGCCACCCUUCAAAAGCCAUUGGCACUCAUGCUAAGAGUAUGAGUUUAAAUUCAACUGACAAGUCAUUUUGGUAUUUUUCAUUUAUGCAUAUUUGUAUUAUUUCAUUUCAAGAUAUUUGAAUCAAAAGUGUAAUAUUUUUAGUCA